GUCCUGGUCCGUCCCCUCCCCACCCCGCGUCCCCGCCACGGGACGGGACCAACAGCUCCCGCGCCCGCCGCCGAGCCCGAGACGAGAACGCCGCCCUUCCCAACCCUGCUCGCCUUGCCCCCUUGCACUCUUGCCAGAACAAAUCCCCUCGUCAAAACUUACUAUAAUAUCCUGGCGUAGCCCCGUCUCCCCCCUGCCGGCGCCUUUCACGCCGUGCCUCUCCCACGCCUUGACCACGGCCACCCGCGCCUCCUCGCCUCCCGCAAGCCCACCCCGCGCGCGCCCGCCCCGGCGGCGUUGGCGUCUCCCUCCUCUCCGGCCGCUAUGGCAGGGGAGAACGACCCCCGCAGCGGCGGCGGUCCCGUUCCCGUCGACGCGUGCCCGCUCUGCGGCGGGGCCAACGGGCCCCCCUCGCGCGUCGCCCUCGCCAGGCGGGCCCCGCCCGGCGACGCCCUCGCGCUGGCGGUGGCGUUGUCCCCCGCCGACGAGGCGUCCGCGCUGCGCGAGGCGCUGGCGCGGCACCGGCGCGGCGUCGCGGACCUGCAGGCGGAGCUGGAGGCCGAGCGCGGCGCCGCCGCGGGCGCCGCCAGCGAGGCCAUGUCCAUGAUCCUGCGCCUGCAGCGCGAGAAGUCUGAGGCCAUGAUGGAGGCGCGCCAGUACCGGCGCUACGCCGAGGAGCGGUUCGCGCACGACGCCGCCGAGGCCGCCGCGCUGCACGACGCGCUCGGCCGCCGCGACGCCGCCGUCCGCUCGCUCGCCGCCAGGCUCCGGUCCUGCCAGGCGCGCCUGCUCCACCUCGGCUUCCCUUCCCCGUCCUCCCCGACCCCGACCGCGGCCGAGGCCGAGGCCGACCAUCCCUUCUCCUCCUCCGACGGCGACGACGGUUACCAUUCCGUCCACUGCCUCGACGACCACCUCGCCGACGAGGGCACCCCGCGCGCCCCCCACGGAGCUCCCAGCCCCCCGGACUCCGAUAAGCCGGUCGUCAUGUUUGGCUCGCCGCGCCGCUCGUCACGCCACGUCCGCACGUUCUCCGGCGACGGCGGCCCGUACAGCUGCCGGGUCGCGCUGGCCGACGAGUUCCCGCUCUUCACGGACAGGGACGCGCCGGGGCAGGACGACGAGGAGGAGGCCGACCGGGUGUACACGGUUGACGCGGUGCAUGGCGUGCCGGUCAUGGCGCCUGACGACGACUGCUGCGACUUUGGGACCACGUGGGAGGGCGAGGUGGGCGCUCGUGCUGGGGCCGCGGGCUGGGCGGAGGAGGACGAGAUACAGGAACUCAAAGCCAGGUUGCACGCGUUGGAGGCGGAUCGGGAGUCUAUGCGGCACGCCAUCAUGGCCAUGGGAGAUGAGAAGGCGCAGGUCGUUCUGCUCAGGGAGAUCGCUCAGCAGCUCUGCAGGGACGCGGCACCGUUCCCUGCUGUCCCGCUCAAGGUGCAGCCAAGGCCACAGCCGUUUGUCAUGGCACAGAGGAAGGUGGUGAAGAGGCACUCGUCCUUCGCUAAGAUCUUCAUUGUCACAGUGAUCAAGUGGGUCAUGUCUAUCUUUUGCUGGCGACGGAAAUCAGAUCGCGUAAGGUAUCCGAUCGGUAUGUGUGGGAGCAACGUCGGAUUGAUGCUGGUACUGGAUAGGUUCCCCAAACAGAGACAAAAGAAGAUUCCUAAAAGGAAGCUAAGUGCCUCCAUUCUUUGAUAAUCUGAUUACAGGCGACCUAGGGAAAGCUGAGUCAUGCCUCUGCGAUUAUCUGACCCGAAUGAGCAGUUCUCUGAACAUAAAAAGCUGGCUUUGUGAAGAAGCAAUUGUUGUCGCACAUCGUUCCAACCCUUUUUCCUAUGCAUUCUUUGGUUGAUUUCGUUUUUGGCAAUCUAGCUAAAAUGUUGAUAUCCUUUGUGUUUUCUUCCUCUGUCUGCCUUUUUUUUCUACAUAUAUCGUUGAUAUUCUUUUUUUGUGCAGUAGCAUCGAAAAGUCCACUGUGAAUAAAACACGGACCAUUUUAAUCAUUAGCAGUAGGCAGCAGAGUUCGUUUUUCUUUUUUCUAUGUCACCUUCUCUCCCGUUUUGUGGAACAAAAUCAUAUUCUGUUGUAAGCAAAUUUCAAACUGAAUAGCUUGUUUUGUGGGGAGACUUUU